AUGCGACGGACCGAUGGCAUUGACAUGGACGCGGAUGGCUUGAUGGUAAAUGCGGUUAGAUCUGCGGCGUACAGGCAGCAAUACGACGAACCAAACAAUACCCGUUGGGGUGGACUGCUUGUCGAUGGUGAUCAUGACUGCGAGGAGGAUGAUAAUGGCGACCUGCCGCCUCGUCGUCGAAGCAUCUCACUGAACCAGCUGCUGUAUAGCGAGCCGUUGCAGCGUGAUUUUAUGGCCAGAACGACCACAGAGAAGUUGAGCCCGAGUGUGAAUAAUCAUCAUGAUGAUGAUAAUAAUAAUGACGGAUUGACAGCCAUUCAACGUCUCAUUGACGCACAGUACGACUCAUGUGCAAUUAGAGUUAACAACCACAGGAGCGGCAACAGCGAACGCAACAACAAUAACAAGAAGAAGAACAACUGUAACGAUGGUGAUGAUAUUUACAGUGAAGUGUUGGAAGGGAAAAGUGACUGGGACUCUGCUUUACCACCACGGCCCGUGUGUUAUUCAAAGGAAACGAUUUUGAAGGAGACCCACAUGCGGCUUGGAGACCGUGAAGACGCUGAGGCUUCCCGUCUACCGGAUAAGCGUGAGACCCGCAGUGUUGGGGUUCAGUGUGAAAUGCGUGCCGCGAAGAAGGCUGCGACGUUGCGACACUUAGAGCAACUCCGCCAGCAAUCACUUUCUGAUGAUCCUGAAGGCAUUGCUCGCCUUCUAGCGCGACACAUUCGUGAGCUUGAGAUGGAACGCUUUGGACAUUCGUCGGCGUUUACCUCCGCUUUGCUGCAGCAACUGUAG